AUGAGUUCGGGAAUGCCUGAAUUAGGCUCCAAAAUAAGCCUAAUAUCUAAAGCCGACAUUCGCUACGAGGGCCGACUUUUCACCGUUGAUCCUCAGGAAUGCACAAUAGCUUUAGCUAGCGUACGAUCAUUUGGAACUGAAGAUCGCGAAACCCAGUUUCCAGUAGCACCUCAGAGCCAAGUAUAUGAUUACAUCUUGUUCAGAGGAUCUGACAUUAAAGACAUCCGAGUGCUGAACAAUGUGCCGUCUCUUCCCAAUGACCCGGCAAUUGUUCAAAUGUCGGUACCACCAUCGUUGGGUACCGGCAAUCAGGGCCAGUUCGUGGGACAGUACAGCCAUCCCGUCAUCGGACAGAACCAGUAUCCUCAAUAUCAUCCAAUGGGAGGAUUUCCCAGUGGUGUACAUUCACAGCUCAACAAGACCAGUGAGUUGUCCCCUCAGACAUCUGUGGAUCUAGCUCCGCAGCAGCCUGUAACAGCUCCAAUUGGAUCUGGCAUUGUACACCACAACCAAGUGAAAGACCAAGGUUCCAUGCUAGAUCUCAUCGGAGGAGGAGGUUCACAACAAAGUGCUUCACGUUCUGGGACUCCCGCUGCUGUUGGACACAGAAAGAGCCCAACUGCUGAUCAGGGUACCCAGCAGAUUGGAUCAGGCGCGAGUAGUUCCGGCCAGCGGGAGUCACGACGUGUUGCAACCGGUCCUAAGCCGGUGCGACGACCAAGUUCUCGCAGUCGGCAGAGGCACUCAAGUGGGUCGCAGACCCAGCCACAGCAGCAGCCGGCGCAGGCGCAGUCACAGACGCAACAGCAGUCGCAGACCCAACAUCACCACAAUCACCACCAGACCGGUGAGCUUGUUGAAAGCCAAAACUACAAUCGUGGCGGUUGGAGAGGUCGGUCCCGGGGUCGCGGUCGUGGCUUUGUACCGCGCAAAGGGAACACGUUGAAGUUUGAGAACGAUUAUGAUUUCGAACAAGCUAACACAGAAUUUGAGGAGCUGAGGAAUCAACUUGCCAAAGCUAAGAUAUCCGAUGGGGAGACCAAGGUUGAGCACGAAGUUGAGCAGGGUGAAGUGGACAAGAAGGAUGACUCUGGAAAUGAAACUGGUGCUGGGGAACCAGAUGUCGAGGAAGAUUUUACUGGCUAUGACAAGAAGCGAAGCUUCUUCGAUAACAUUUCGUGCGAAGCUGUUGAGAGGCAAAAGGGUCGCAGCCAAAGGACGGAUUGGCGGACUGAACGCAAGUUGAACUCUGAAACAUUCGGCGUUGCGUCUGCAAGGCGCGGCACGUGGCGUGGGCGACCUGCCUGGAGGCACAACCCCCAUAACCCACACAACCCUCACAAUAUGCAUAACAUGCAUAACCAACAUCCGAUGGCAUACUUCCCAAGCUGGAGGCCGAUGCGUGGUGGACGUGGGCGCCCAGGCAACUUCAACAACCAUCAGCACCACAACAACCACAACAAUAACCAUAGCAACCACCGUCAACAGCGCAACAACCAACUUCCGGUGGCCGCACCUCAGCAACCUGCUCCUGCAGCUACUACUGCCAAGUAG